UCCUCCCUCUUAAAUUCAGAGGCUCUCUCCGGAGCAGAAGCAUCUGCUGGGAGGACCCGAGAGGCCGCCGCCUCCGGAGCCCUGAGCAACCAUGGCCCUCGCCCAGGAAGGCAGAGGUGAUAUUGAGAGGAUGAGGCACGAGAUGUGCCGGAUGGUGCACAACUAUUGUGAUAAUCUCCAGCAACUCCAAGGAGCACAGGAGAGGAGGCUCGCGCGGCAAGAGAUGGAGAAUGGCUUCAAUGAGGUCAUGCUCCAGACCGUGGGCGGUCACCUUCAGGACAACGAUCAGGAAUCCAGUCCGUUACUUCCCGAACUGCGGCAGGAGUUACGUUACAGGUUCUGGAGGCCCUCUGUCCCUGACCCGGAAGAGGAGGACGACCCAGGGGUCCAGGACACGCAGGAGGCCUUUUGGGACAGAGGACUGAGAUGGUUCCGAAGGCUGCUCCGCCGGCUGCAGCAGACGUGGCAGGAAGCGCUGGCUUGGCUGAAGCGGAAGGUGGCCGCCGGCUGGCAGGCCGUGUGCCCCGCGGUGCAGGCCGUGUGCCACGCGGUGGAGGCCGUCUGCAGCGCGGUGGAGGCCGUCUGCAGCGCGCUGGCCCACAUCUGCGCCUCUGUGGCCCAGGUGUUCCGGAGCUGCACCCAAGCCUAGCCCCGGCCCCCCGGGCCGCCCGCCCUCUCCCUGCCCGGGUCUGCCCCCUGCGCCGGCUGGGAGGUCUUGGUGAAAGCUGGUUGUGGGGGCUGGUGGGGCUCAGUCGGUUGAGCCUCUGUCGGUGGUCUUCCACUCCGUCUGAUCUAACUCUGCUGUCAGCUCAGACCCCGCUUUGUGUCCUCCGUCCCCCCCUCUCUCUGCUCACACUCUCCGCUCGGGAUCCUCUGCGCACACCCUCGAGAUCUCUCUCUCUCAAAACAAAAGUAAGUAAAUAAACAAAAGAAAUACGUAAA